CCAAGUGCAAUGAUUCCCGCAAACCCAAAAGCAGAAAGAUAUAAAGCAUUAUCACGUCACGCCCAUCCUCCACCUAAUCGUGUCCUAAUCCGCCCUGCCUGCUCCCUCGAUCGAAUUCGAAAAAACAAAGCCGCAUCGAGAGCAGCGGCCGAUCCAACCUGGUGGUUCUAGGGUUAGGGUUUGCUGCGGCGGCGGCGGGUCCGGGGACCGGUGCUUCCUUCGGCGGCGAGCCUGAUGCUAUGCUGCUAGGCUGCGGGUCGCUCUCCUCGUGGGUGCGCCGCCUCGUCGCCUGCGUGGGAAAUUGUUUUGGAUGUGCGAAGUCUACUCCUAUAACAGCUGUUGAUGAGCCCUCGAAAGGUCUAAGAAUUCAAGGGCGCUCGAUAAAACGUCGUAGUUUGUCUGAAGAUUUCUGGAGCACAAGUCCACGCGAAAUGGAGAACAGUGCCUUGCAGUCACAGCGUAGUAUGUCUUCCAUCAGCACAGCAGCACAAUCUAGUGAUCAGCAUGGAGCUGGAAGUAGCAGCAACCCAAAUGAGUUUGUAAAUCAAGGUCUUCUACUAUGGAACCAGACUAGACAGCAGUGGGUUGGAAACAGGCGGGUUAAUAAUUCUCAGCGUCAACAGACUCGGGAACCAAAAAUAGGUUGGAAUGCUACGUAUGAGAGCUUGCUAGGAAGCACCAAGAUAUUCGCACAGCCGAUCCCUCUUGGCGAAAUGGUAGAUUUCCUCGUGGACGGCUGGGAGCAGGAGGGCCUCUAUGAUUAGUUGCUUGGUUAAAAGGGGUGUGGUGUUGUUUGCGUUCUCGUUGUUAAUCCCUGGAAUGUUGUUUUAUCAAAGCGUGUGGGUGAUGAUUGUGUAUUGUCCUCGUGGCAGGAUGGCAUCCCUCAUAAGUAAAUGUAACAUAUAUUUAUCCUACAAACUGUGUUCAUUUAUGUUAAACGUUGUUGCCUCC